UCUCCCACGCUCUUACCGACACUCACACACAUCAUCAACACAUCCUUCCUCACAGGCAUCUUCCCCACUGUGUUCAAGCAGGCUCGGGUAACCCCACUGCUCAAAAAACCUACAUUAAACACUUCUCUUAUAGAAAACUAUAGACCUGUCUCUCUCCUUCCAUUCAUAGCGAAAACACUUGAACGUGUUGUCUUCAACCAGGUCUCAUUGUUUCUUUCACAGAACAACAAACUGGACGCUAAACAGUCAGGUUUCAGGAGUGGCCAUUCAACUGAGACUGCACUUCUCUCGGUCACUGAAGCCCUGCGAAUUGCAAAAGCCCAUUCCAAAUCAUCAGUCCUCAUUCUGCUGGAUCUAUCUGCCGCGUUUGACACUGUCAAUCAUCAGAUACUCCUCUCCACACUCUCAUCACUGGGCAUCGCUGGAAUUCCACUUCGCUGGUUUGAAUCCUAUCUCACUGAUGAUCCAACGGUAGCUGCAAGGAUCUCAGGUUGCCUGGCGGACAUCUCGGCAUGGAUGAAAGAUCAUCACCUCCAGCUCAACCUGGCAAAGACUGAGCUUCUUGUCUUUCCCGCCGCUCCGACUCUACAGCAUGACUUCACGAUCCAGUUAGGUUCAUCAACAAUUACCCCAUCAACUUCGGUCAGAAAUCUUGGUGUAAUCUUUGAUGACCAGCUGACCUUCAAAGACCACAUUGCAAAGACUGCUCGAUCUUGCAGGUUUGCACUACACAACAUCAGAAAGAUCAGGCCCUUUCUGACAGAGCAUGCUGCACAACUUCUUGUCCAGGCCCUUGUCAUUUCUAGGCUGGACUACUGCAAUGCUCUUCUGGCUGGACUUCCAUCAAACACAGUCAAACCUCUACAAAUGAUUCAGAAUGCGGCGGCACGACUGGUCUUCAAGGAACCCAAAAGAGCCCAUGUUACACCUCUCUUUAUCUCAUUGCAUUGGCUACCAAUCGCAGCUCGCAUCAAGUUCAAGACACUGAUGCUUGCUCAUAGAACAACCACAGGCUCAGCACCCGCCUACAUGCACUCACUAUUAAGAAUCUACAUCCCCUCCAGAAGUCUGAGAUCUGCUAGUGAGCGACGCCUCGUGAUACCGUCACAAAGAGGCUCAAAAUCACUCUCCAGAACAUUCUCGUUCACCAUUCCUUGCUGGUGGAAUGAUCUUCCCACCCAUAUUCGGAGUACUGGAUCCCUGUCAAUCUUCAAACAACAGCUGAAAACUCAUCUCUUUCGACACUACUUGACUUCAACCUACACAUAAAAAAAAAAAUAAAAAAAAAACUCUUUCUCCUUAUUUAUUCCUUCCCUUGCUAGCUGGUACUUAUUUAAACAAUGCCUGAGACUUGGUGUUACAAGCACUUCGUUUGUCGGAUUGCCUCUUCAAGAUGAAUCGCUUCAUGUGUUCCCCAAAUUGUAAGUCGCUUUGGAUAAAAACGUCUGCAAAAUGACUAAAUGUAAAUGUAAUGAGCGAGUCAAAGCGUCAUUAUAACUCUCUGUUAUUUUGUUUGCAGCUUCUUCGUUAUUCGGGCCUGUGACAUAUGUUAAAAUGACAGUAAUCCGUCCAAAUUCCCGGGGCAAAUAAAAAGGUCUAAAAGACACUGACAUGAGUUCAUAGUCUGUGGUACAUACUUGUUCAUUAAUCCGAAAAUGCGUUGCCCAUUUGUUAUGCACAAAAAAGCACAGA